GUGAAGUCCCACUGAAGUCUGCGCUCCACAGAAAAGCGAAGGACAAGCGGCAGCAGCGGGACGACGUGAAACACUGAAUAAAAGGAAUGAAUGAGGAAUGAGAGCGGGGAGAAAGUCGACGGAGUGACGAAGAAGUUAUGAGCCGAAUUGCGACGAAUUACCGGGGAAGGUGUCCGUGAGCGGAGAAAGCCGACUGAAGGGGGGAGAGACAACAAAGUCACAAGUGCAGUCUGAGUGAGGAGGCAGAACUCUGAAUCCUCGCCAUGGCCGAUGUACUGGAGAGCGGUGGCGGGUCGGGAGCCGUCAGAGUGGCCAGCGUGGAUUGGCAGAAACGCUGCAUUGCUCUGGAGAUGCAGCUGCUGAGGUUCCGGCUCCAGGCGGGGAAAAUCCGAGAGCUGCUGGCAGAGAAGAUGCAGGAGCUGGAGCAGAGGGUGACGGAGGCGGAUCUGCGGGCUGAGAGUGCUGAGAAACAGAUCCAGGUCAUGGAGGAAAAGCUGAAGUCUGCAAACAUACAAACCAGCGAAUCAGAGAGCUCGUUGUACAGAAAGUACCAAGACUUGACCAAUCAACUCCAAGAGAAAGAUGCUGUGAUAAAGAGAUUAGAGGUGCAGCUGGAAAAACAGAUCUUAGUCAGAGCCCAGGAGGCAAAAAUUAUUGAGGAGAAGGCCGCCAAGAUUAAAGACUGGGUCACCUUAAAGCUUAAAGAGAUGGAGCAAGAGAACCAGCAGCUGAAAAUGGCCAACCUGAAGCAGACAGAACAGAUAAUGUUGCUGCAGGACAAACUACAAGCUCUCUUAGAGAAACCUGUGUCCUCUGGAUCUCCUGCCACCUCCCCUGUAAUGGAUACCCAUCUGGUGCCCAGCAGUCCUCUGUUUCCUCCCAGCUGCCCCGGCACACCACCUGCCCAAGACGACAGCUGGAGACAAGCAGGUCUCAGAGGAGCCGCCUCUAAUAUCAAGAGCUCGCCGACAGAUGUGAAAAGGACUCCUGAACAGUCCAGUAAAGGGAUUUGUCUCGGGGACCUUGCAGCCCACGAUGCUCUCUCUCAGGGCCGGAGCAGGGAGGGUCCCAGCAGCCCUGUUUCCAUCAGUGGACCAGAGCUCCCGGUGGGCCCCGAGGGUCCGGCAGGGGGCUCCGACAGAGACAACUCCUCCGAUGAGCUCAACAGCAAGUUCCGCUCUCAGUGCCUUCACUCGUCCUCCUCCUCUUCCUCUUCAUCGUCAGCCUACGAGAUGGCCCAAGGACCCAGCUCCCCGGAGUCCUCCCUGACACCCAAACCCCUGCUGCUGUCGCGCUCCCCCUCCACCAACAACCCCUUCCCUCAUCAUCCCCCAGUCCACCAGUCAGGCACCAGCAUGACGCUGCCCAAGGUGCGGACCCCGCUCACCCCCAGAGACAGCAUCCAGCUGGUGAAGAAGCACUACAGCCAGCCGCAGCCCAGCCUGGACCGACUGCACCACCUCAACGUCAACAUUGACAUCAUGAGCCCGUCCUCCACUUCCUCCACCCUGAAGAGCACGGGGACCGCCACCUCGCACUUCUCACAGGUCGUGGAAGAAACGGACAUUGACGACGGGCUUCCUGACAGCAUGGAUGGAGUGGUGGAGGGCUCCGGAUCAGAGGAACUGUGCCGGGAUGGAAUCUCCUUCGUGGGACUCCCAGAAGAACUGGAGCAGCUGGAUCCACCACCAACACCUCCCUUACACCGCUUCCCCUCAUGGGAGAGUCGGAUCUACGCUGUGGCAAAGUCAGGGAUGAGAGUAUCGGAGGCCAGUCCUGGAGCCAGGGGCCCCGGACGAGGUUCCAACUUACCUCAGUAUCCAGCAGCCGGCCCGUUCACCCAGCUCAUCUAUAAGAACAUCAACGUACCGGUCUAUACCACACUGAAAGGGAAAGCCACUCAGAUCAGCAGUGUACCUCUGCCCGAUGACGACUCCGGCUCUGAGGACGACAGCGGCUCUCUGGCCAGUUUACGGACCUCCAUCAUGAACCCCGACAGGAAGGGCAGCGUCCCGGGGAGCCCACGUGCCGUCAAGAGAGGUGUGUCCAUGUCCUCCAUCAGCUCAGAGAGUGAUUACGCCAUUCCUCCCGACGCCUACUCUCUGGACAGUGACUACUCUGAGCCGGAGCAUAAAGUCCAGAGAACCUCCUCUUAUUCCUGUGAGAGCACUGGGCCUGAGAUGCUGGAGAAGUCUGGGUACCUGCUGAAGAUGGGCAGUCAGGUGAAAGCCUGGAAACGUCGCUGGUUCAUCCUGAGGAAUGGAGAAAUCCUCUACUAUAAGUCUCCUAGUGACGUGAUCAGGAAACCUCAGGGUCAGAUUGAGCUGAACUCGUCCUGCCGUAUAGUUCGUGGAGAAGGAGCUCAGACAUUUCAACUGAUUACAGAGAAGAAGACCUUCUAUCUGACCGCCGACUCACCCAACAUCCUGGAGGAGUGGAUCAGGGUCCUGCAGAACAUACUCAAAGUCCAGGCCAGCAGCCCGGUUACAGUGGAGACCGCCGCCAAGCCCACCGUGAGGGGCUGGCUCACAAAGGUCAAACAUGGACACUCAAAGCUGGUGUGGUGUUCUCUGGUUGGAAAAGUCUUCUACUACUACCGUAAUCAGGAAGACAAGUUGCCUCUGGGUCAGCUGCAGAUGCGAGAGGCCUCGGUACAGGAAGUGGAUCGCUCCUGUGAUUCAGAUGAGGACUAUGAGGCUGGCAGUCGAGGUUUCCUCUCCUCACACUGCACCUUAGUGGUCCAACCCAGAGACCAGAGUCCCACAUACCUGCUCAUCGGCACCAAGCAGGAGAAGGACACGUGGCUGUAUCACCUGACCGUGGCAGCAGGCAGCUGUGCAACAUUCAAAGUGGGCACAGAGUACGAGCAGCUCAUUGGUAAACUCCUCGAUGCAGAGGGAGACCCAGAGUCUGCCUUGUGGAAGAGCGAGGCCUUGAGCUUCUGUAAGGAGGGUCUGCGCUCGCCUCUCACCACGCUGCCCUCUGAAGCUCUGCAGACAGAAGCUCUCAAACUCUUCAAGUCCUGUCAGCUCUUCAUCAACGUGCUGGUUGAGUCUCCGUCUAUUGACUACCACACCUCGCUGGCCCAGAAUGCUUUGCAAGUGUGCCUGACCCACCCGGAGCUGCAGAAUGAAAUGUACUGUCAGCUCAUCAAGCAGACCAACCGCCGCACGCCACAUAACUACUCCCUCACACAGUGCUGGCAGCUGCUGUCUCUGUGUGUAGCGCUGUUCCUUCCUCAGCAGCAUUUCCUUUGGUACCUGAGACAGUACCUGCAACGCAAUGCUGACCCAAGGAGCGAGGUGGGGAAGUAUGCAGUGUACUGUCAGAGGUCUGUGGAGCGAACGCUGCAGAACGGAGAGCGGGAGGCCAAACCUUCACGUAUGGAGAUCGUCUCCAUCCUGCUGAGAAACCCCUACCACCAUUCAUUGCCAUUCAGCAUCCCAGUCCACUUCAUGAACAACACCUACCAGGUGGUGGGUUUCGACGGCUCCACCACAGUGGAAGAGUUCCUCAACACUCUGAAUCAGAGGAUCUGCGUGAGGAAGCCUCAGCUGUCUGGGUUUGCUCUCUUCACUGAUGAUCCCUCCGGCAAAGACCUGGAGCACUGCCUGCAGCCGUCUGCCAAGAUCUGUGAUGUCAUUUCCAAGUGGGAGCAGGCCCUGAAGGAGUUGCAUCCUGGGAAAAAUGAGGGGACACGGAUUGUGCGUCUAACAUACAAGAGCAGGUUGUGUUUCAGAUCUCAGGUGAAAGGAGAGACGGAGCGAGAGCGCCUCCUGCUGGCGUACCAGGUGAAUGACGAGGUUCAGCAAGGCCACUUCCCCGUGAACAAAGAGCUGGCUCUGGAGGUGGCUGCCCUCAUGGCACAGGUUGAACAUGGUGACUUGGAGAGACCUGCAGCCUCCUCUCCUCCCAGCUCUCCUCAGCCCAAGUCUCAGCUGAUUCUCCUGCAGGCCUUGGAGCGCUUUUACCCCAAACGCUACAAACAGGACUGCAGCUCAGAGCAGCUCAGAGAUCUUACUGAGCGUCUGGCCACUAAGUGGUCUAUGCUACGUGGGUGCAGUGCACCUGAGUGUGUGAGAAUAUACCUGACUGUGGCUCGCAAGUGGCCCCUGUUUGGAGCCAAACUCUUCAGUGCCAAGCCAGUCCCCCCCUCUCCUGUUGAGCAGAGCCAGGUGUGGCUGGCAGUCAAUGAAGAUGGAGUGUGUCUGCUGGACUAUACGAUGCACACGCUCGUCACAUACUCCUACCAGUCUGUGAUUACCUUCGGUGGGUGCCGGGACGACUUCAUGGUGGUGACGAGCCAGCAGAGGGAGCCGGGAGUCGGGAAGAAGAGCGUGGAGAAGCUGGUCUUUGUGAUGGCAAAACCAAAGAUACUGGAGCUGACGCUGCUCAUGGCCAGCUACAUUAACCACUGGAACCCCAGCCUGCCUCCCGCCUCACACCAGCCCCUCGGCCACUGGGACGGAGACAGCAGGCACUUCCCCGCCAUGAACUACACCACCAAGGGCCCCACACUACUGUGAAUUGUGCAAACAACAAGACUGUUUAACUACAGGGAGGCUUGAUGACAAACAGGUACCUUCAGCCCGCAGUUAUACGAUGGUUUGCAUGUCCGGGUUUUACAUUUUUACACAACAGGUACUAGGAGAUUAUUCUUUCUUUUUUUUUUAAAUGCAGAUUUAGAUUUAGAAAUGUCAGGAGCAGUCUUCUUAGACUAUUUAUUUCUACAACAAAAGAGUGUUCAGCUCUGCCUUUUUUUUGUUUUUUUAGACAUAAGGUUCUAACUCCUUGUUGGAGUUAUUUUGGGAAUACAGAAGAGAUGUGAGGUCGUUUUUCCACCUGCAGUGUGAUCCUUUAAGUCACAUGUUUGCCUUUCAUUGUGACGUUCAUGUCUUCCAGUCUUUCAGACCUCAGACUCUUCUCUGUCAUAAGCUGUUUCCCUCUGAGAGCUGGUUUGACUGGAACACAGUGUCACUGUGUAUUUAACAUGAAUGAUCACUCAUACUUGACAAUGAACCAUUCAAUGAGGUACUGUGCAAUUAGAAAGGGACUGAUCAUCUAAUAAUCCUAGUGUAGAGCUGCGAUGAGCGGUUAUAUUCAUUCUAGAUUCAUUUGGUGAUUUUUUUUCUCAAUUAAGUGAUGAAUUACAUGGUCCAUGAAAGGUCAGAAAAAAAAUAGCUGUUAAGUUGACAUAAUUUAUGUUACUGAUAGUAAAAGAUAUUAAGUUUAAUAUCAUUAAAGGUUAAAAAAUAGCAAAUUUUGGCAUUUGAGCUGCUGGAAUUGUGAGUAAAAAAAUAAUUUCAUGAAUCAAAUAUCAAAAUAUUUAAUUCUCUGUUGGCCAAGUAAUCAAUUAAUCAAAUAAUUAUUUCAACUUCAUCCUAAUACAGGGUAAACAGGAAGGUAAUCCAGGCAAAAUGUAAUAAAAAAAGGAAUUAAAUGUUUAAAAGCCUUUUAUUAUAGUGGCUUAAUCAUUAACAUGUUUCAACCACUAGGUCUUUGUCAGUUUUUUUCCCCCCGACAUAAUUUUUUUCCUUUUAUAAAAUUGGGUAUAAAAUACUGUUUUCCCCCAAAGAAAUUUAGGCCAUAUUUAAAGGCAUACUAUGCAGGAAUUGUCACACAACACUCUGGCCCUCUCCCUGGCUCAACCAAAGUGAAAGCAAACCUCAAUUUUAUCUCGUUAUAUUUGCUUUUUUUUUAGCUUUGUGCACAAAGGAAGACGCCCAGAAACUUCCCAAACACAGCAAAAUGUAAAAUAAGAGAAAAUACAUGCAAAGGGAAGGAUCUCUGCAUAAACACACACCAUCACACACUUCUAGUGGGUCAUAAUGAUCAUUAAUAAUAUAUUUUUAACGAGUCUACGCAGUUUUUGGAACAAUCCUGCAUAGUAUACCUUUAAGGGACCUUUUGUAAUCCUUUUCUAUAUUUUUUGAUGAGAAAGUUCACAUUUAGCUCACAUAUCUGGCAUAAAACAGUCAAAAUAAAGUGAAAUAUGUGAACUAAUAUUGAUGUAAUGUUACUGAGGUACACAAUGGGAUAUAAAAAGGUGUUUAACAUUGAAAUACUGUAUGUAUAAUAAUGCAUCUGUGAAAAUCUGUGUUCAUAUUCAUAAUCAGGUCAAUCAGUUAAUAAUAAACAAACAAAAGGAGAUAAAAUAAAAUAAAGAGCUAGCAAAAUAUUUUCAUGACUUGAACUGUUUUGGAUCGAACCACUGCCGUGCUCUUGACCGUAUUAGUUAUUUAUUUUAUUUCCAAAAUGUUUUUUUUUUUGCUUUCGCUUAAAAGGUUCAUGUUUUCCACAACUGACACAUUUAUUUAGGAAAACUUCCAGUUUCCUUUAUGUAGCAGAGUAAUUUAAGAGCAGAGUAUGUUUGGUUACUGUUUCUGUACUAGAAUGUGUUUGAGAGACGGUGUCGUUAUGUUUGUGUGUGUGGUAAUAAAGUAAACGGUACAAUCCUG